ACCACGAUCUCGCCGCCCCACUUUUCCCAUUUCCAAAUACUCGUAAAAACUCAGCCACGACCUCCGCCCCCGCCCCCACCACGCGUUCGCCGCCAAAACCCUACGCGCAAACCCUAGCCGCCGCCAGCAAUGGCCGCCCUCCUGCGGCUCGCCGGCGCCGCCCGAUCCCUCUCCCGCCGCGCGCCCGCCCCGGCCCCGGCGCACCGGAGGCUUGCGGCCUCGGCGGCGGCCCUGGUCGAGGACUACUGGACCGACUGGGAGGAUGAGGGGGAGGAGGACGCGCGGCGCAACGCGUCAGCGCCGGUCGCUGAGUCGGACCCCGCCGGCGGGGGGCCCAGGGGCGUGCAGUGGGUGGUCAUGGGCCGCCCGGGGCCGCAGAAGCACGCCCACGCCGCGCGCCUCGCGGAGGUGCUUGACGUGCCGUACAUCUCCAUGGGGACGCUCGUCAGGCAGGAGCUCAACCCCGUGUCUCAGCUCUACAAGAAGAUUGCUAAUUCGGUAAAUGAAGGGAGGCUUGUACCGGAGGACAUCAUAUUUGGAUUGCUGACAAAGCGGCUUGAGGAGGGAUACAACAAGGGUGAAACUGGAUUCAUUCUGGAUGGGAUCCCACGUACCCGUAUGCAAGCUGAGAUUCUUGAUGAGAUUGUGGACAUUGAUUUGGUUCUGAAUUUCAAAUGUGCUGAUGACUGUUUCAUGAAGAAGCGGUCAAGGGGUGACAUCUGUUCCCACUGUGGACAGCUCUUUGAUGUCAGCAAUUCGGCAACUACAAACUGUAGUCCCUGCCUUGGGAGUUAUACAUGGCCUGCUGGUGUUGUAGGCCUGGAAGACUCAAGGAUGGAGAGGAUGCGUACUUAUGCUAAGCAGACCAAGCUGCUGGAAGAUUACUACAAGAAGCAGAGAAAAAUUCUGGAACUGAAGACAUCAGCUCGCCCUGGGGAAACAUGGCAGGGGCUUGUAGCUGCCCUGCACCUCCAGCAUUUGGAUGCACCCCCAACACCGCACAAACUCACCGUGUAAAUAUUGUUCCUGCUACGUCUGAGUAGAGUCUAAGGAUCUGGAUUUUGAUCCUGCCUGCAGCAUAUCUAGUAUACGUAUGUUUGUGGGUUCUGACUUCCGAGGGAGUCAGUCGGCUAUGUCGUUUUGUUCUCUGUUAUAGAUAAAUGUAAGCGAUUUUGCGGACGCGCUUAUAUGAUUGUAACCGAGAGUUUUGGACUUGCAAGUGCAAGAGUACUCGCUUCUGUGGCUCCAUUGUGCUGACUGAUGUUUUGUGCUUCUGAGACAUAGAAUCGGUUGUGUGCACCAUGUUAA